AUGAUAUGCAAUUAUUGUAACACGCGUCCACCAUGUUUGAUCCGACAAUUCACUGGGCGGCACUGUUGUAAAGAAUGUUUCUUAGAUAAUUUCGUUAGUGAAAUCCACGAGACUAUUGUACAAUAUGACAUGAUCAAUAACAAUGAUCGUGUUUGUGUCGGUGUCUCCGGAGGAAAGGAUUCAAGUGUUUUGAUAGACAUUCUUUAUAAUAUAAAGGUCACAUAUGGAUACAGUUGGCAGCUAUUUCUACUGGCCAUUGAUGAGGGCAUUAAGGGCUACAGGGAUGACUCUCUGGCAGUGGUUCAACACAUAAAGGACAAGUAUAAUCUUCCUCUAGAAGUCCUAAGUUUCAAGCAUAGUUUCGGACGAGAUAUGGAUGAGAUUGUGAUUAAAACGGGGUCAAAAAAUAAUUGCACUGUUUGUGGCGUCUAUAGGAGGAAUCUCCUAAAUCAAGGAGGGAAAUUUAUCCAGGCAAAUAAAAUUUGUACUGGUCACAAUGCAGACGAUGUGGCUGAAACGCUACUUUUAAAUCUUUUUCGUGGCGAUUCGCUAAAAUUGGUACAACAAUCAAGUCUUUUAAACAAUGUGGAUGGGAUCACUAGGAUUAAACCAUUGUUCAAAUGCGCCCAGAAAGAGAUAGUUCUAUAUGCUAGAUAUGCUAAUAUCGAAUACUUUUCCACUGAAUGUAAAUAUUUGAAGGAUGCAUAUCGUGGGAAGAUGCGAGAUUUUAUAAACAGGCUGCAAAUCACCAAUCCAAGGUUGGUUAUCAAUCUGGUAAAUUCAUCCCUCCAGUAUGGAAGCUCAAAAAGCAUUGAAAGUGUUGAAAUUGAUGCAAACAGAAGCAAAUGCGAAAACUGUGGUUCACUAGCAGAUGGGAGGCUAUGUAAAAUGUGCCAAAUUACAGAAAAGUUGAACAAUACAUUAUAA